AUUGGGUCCAGGCCUGUGCAUUCAAAUUUGUGCGUCGAUCGAGAAGCUUGGUGCGGCUUCUCUCGGGGACUUGAGAAGGGAAGAGAAGACAAGUCCGGCUGCCUGCUCGGGGCUAUACAGGGACGUCAGUGCGUCGAUACCACCCCCAGCGGUUUGUCAAUCGAGCAGCCUGCGGAAUAUUUAGUCAGUAGUCGGACGACCUAGGCUGACACAGUGCACCAACAACUACCAGGAUCAUUCCUCCUCUCUAGACAGAAUCCCCGGAUUCAAAUCUCGAGUAGGGAUUGCCGCCAACCCUCCAAGCUCGAGCAAGUGGAAAAAGCUCAACUUAGAUCAUGGCGGGAAAACAAGGGCGAGCCUAUCUGUGAUAUCAUCAGUGAUCAUUUUACGUGCUGUGACAGCCUGAUGCAUCACGGUGAUCGCUCAAAUCUUCCACUAGAUACUAGCACUCUACUACUACCGCCACCGGCCAUCCUGAGAACUAGCAUCAAUGAAAUCUAUGACAUACAAAACCGUGCCCGGAUUCUUUCUCCAAGACGAUUUGAACGCUGAUCCUGUUGCCAUCGGCGCGGUGCCUCCCCGGUUCGGACUGAUCGAUGAAUCCCCCGACCGCUGGCAUAAUUUGUACGUGAAACUGGGCGCUCUCAUCGAGGAGGGCAGGUCCACAGGCAAGAUGUAUAAGCUUGUGCUGUUCGGACGCCACGGGCAAGGCUGGCAUAACGUCGCGGAAGAAAAGUACGGCACCGUGGCUUGGGACGAAUACUGGGCUAAGCAAAAUGGAGACGACGAGCUGACCUGGGGACCUGACCCCGAUCUCACUCCGCUGGGCGAAGAGCAGGCUGUUGAAGCUAACAAAGUGUGGAAACAGGAGCUCGAAAACGGACGCAUGACACUCCCGGGUGUCUUGUACAGCAGUCCGAUGACCCGUGCGAUCCACACCAACCAGAUCACCUUCUCAGGGAUAGACACCAAACGUGUGCUCAUUCUCGAGAACUGCCGUGAGGAAUACGGCGAACAUACGUGCGACAAACGGCACCCCCGGUCCUUCAUCGCUGACAAAUUCCGCGAGUUCGACAUCGAGGACGGAUUCACGGAGGAAGACGAGCUGUACCAACAAGACGCCCGCGAAACAUUCGAGCACGCCGUCGGGCGCGCCAAAGCUGUGCUCGAUAGGAUGUUCACCGUCGACAACGAAGCGCUGUUCGUCUCAGUUACCGCGCACAGCGGCAUCAUUAACGCAUUCCUCGGCGCUGUCGGUCGGCCGCGCUACGCUCUUCCCACCGGAGGUGUGAUUCCCGUGGUCGUGGAGGCUUCUGAACUCUAGACAUUGGGAUAGCGUCUUUCGUUCAGCCUGAACACAAUGCUGUAGGCACGCCCCUCAUCCUUUAGAUUAUUGGCUUCGGUGUAGUUUGCGGUGCCGUUUGUUAUCGAUAAUCAAAUCAUCAGACGCGGUCAUGUGUCAGCCACGAUGGGCAACUGAUAAUUAGAGCGCGUCUAUAUACUCUGUCAUUCAUAAUAGCGAGCUGGGAUGUGUGGAAAACAUUACAAAUGGAAGCUGUCGCUCGGGACGGGUCCCCGGACGAUUCUGGAAUAUUAAACAAUGGCGUGCCUCAGCGACCGCUCCCAGGAGGUUUGGUUCAAGUGUAUUUCCGUGAGCGAAACCAUGCGACACCGGUUGUAAAAGCUCCGCAACGUGUCUCCUUGAUGUCUCCUGUCAAACGGGAAAUGAAAUUUGACCGCUGAUAGCAACGCCGUGGCGGUUCGCGUCAACGUCGCGACCUGAGUUCCACUCUCGUGAAAAUCAGAUGAUGGGCAGCACUCAUCAUCAGCAUUCCUGCUCCCUUGACUGCUCCGUUUAAAAUCGAUCCCGCCCCUGCGCCGGACAAAAUGAAAUCGGUGUGGGGCGGACACGUGUCCUGGCGGCCCCAAGGGUAGGUAACCGAUAAGGUAACGCCCCUCAUUGGCUGCAGAAAUGCAUUGCCCUCGGAUGGCCUCGGUGAUGGCCGCGCGAUCCGUAUUGUUUUCGAUGCCUGAUGGGGAUCACGAUGCACCCGAAACAACGGGACCGACCGGCUGCUUGGCGGGCCGGAUUUUUUUUGUGUGGGAUCUUCCCUCGCGUAAGAAUCUAGGUCGCGGAGGUCCUUCCUUAAAAGCCACUCCCUCUGAUCGCGCAGGGCCUCGCUUUCACCGCGCCGCGAGUCUCAACGGCCGACCAAGAUGUCAGUCCAACCGCAAGGCCCGUAUCCCUACCCAUCGGCGGCGCCGCCACCCGAGUCCCACCGCCGCUCGCCCUACGAUCGGCCGCCGUCCGUGCCUGGUCGCGCUUCGGGCACGCCCCCUCCUCACCCUGACGGCGCCGACCGUGCCAACGGCUUGCCCAGCCCCGCUACGAACGGCGCAGGCCCCCAGCACGCUCCUCCCCCACCGCACCACUACACCGCCUACGAGCUCCCCCGCGGCUACGGCCCGCCCCCGGGGUACAUGUACGGCGCCCCGCCGCCGCCGCCGCCAGGCGGGUACCACCACCACCCCGCCGACCACCGCUACGAUGCGCACGCGCAGCACCACGGCUACCCCGCGCCCUUCCCGCUGCACCACGCUGGAUAUAUGCCGUACCCCCCGCCGGGGCCACUGCUCUCUGGCGCCCCGCCGCAGCAACAACACCCGGGCGCGAACGGGAGCCCCAACUUGGGCCCGCCGCCGGGGAUGGUGCCUCCCCCGGCCACGUCGUGCACACGGACGAUGCGACGGAGAAAGUGAGCGAUCGCGUGCGGAGGAGGUGUUUCAACUGCUGCACGACGGAGACCAGCACGUGGCGGAGGAGUAAUCUGAAUCCAGGGAAAGUGCUGUGCAACAAGUGCGGUCUGUUCGAGCGGACGCACUCGCGGCCUCGACCGGAGCAGUUUCCGCAUAAGCGUGGCCCGCUUGGAUCUAAUCUCAAUUCCCGAAGCCCUUCUGUUGCACCUUACCCGACUUCCUACGCCCCGCCUCCCCCGCAGCCCCAAAUGGCAUCCAUGCCGCAUCCGUCCUACCCUCCGCCGAUGGCAACGACGACGACCGUCCCCAUCCCCCUCAUUCCCGCCGAGAGAUACUCCGAAAAGCCGCCGGGCCAGGAGAUCCAGAAGGAGAAGCCGCUGCCAGUUGGCGAGCCGGCGAAGGAAGAAAAGAAGAGGGAGUCUGCAGGUGACGCGUCCGACAAAAUCGACCAGGCCAAGCCGUGAUGGCUGCGGACUGCGCGCGCGCGCAUAUGUCUCGGAUCCUAUUGAUACAGCACGUAUACCACCACCUAUAUAGCAUAUACUUCGUCGUUACUUGUUCUCGUAGAUACUUGCACCUGUAAUCCAUCGUGGUCUUGAAUGACUCGGCUUCUUCUGUCUGCAGCGUGUGUCAGCGGGCGGGCGAGCCACUGGAGUGUUGGAUUCCCAAUUCGAGUGGAUGCAUG